AUGCAUGCACCAGUCAACCACAUGAUGCUCCCGGGCGUGCAGGCAAAGUGCGUCCGCCGCGAGACGUCAUCGCCACGGCAAAGUGAGGCCGAGAGCGGCUCCUGCCCGGAAGAGGUGGGAGCACCCGCUUGUCGCGGUCGCCGUCGCAUGUGCACUGCGACCCUGAUUUCCAAGGAGCUGGUCGGGAAGGAGGUCCUUCUUCAUGUGGGCAGGAAUGGGGGCCGCGCUCCUACCAAGAUGGAGCCAGCACGGGUGGUUGCGGCAGCGGAUGCUGGCCGAGCGGUGACCCUGAAGUUGCCAUCGCUGCCUCAGUUCCAGUUGCCCUUGCGCGUGGCCGCCUACCUGUUCAAGAAGGGUGCUCCCCCUGACGAGGCAGCUUGCAAGGUUGAUGCCAUCGAGGCACCUGGCCCUCGGUUGGCCUUCAGCGAGGGCCUCGCCAAGGCGGUUCUUUGCCAGGUCUACGUGGUCGAGCUCGAUUGUCCUGCAUGCGAGGGUGAGCAGCUGCGACAUCUGUUGCAAGUUGUGCCAGAGGGAGAUAACAGCUGGAUACUUUUUUCUGCUCCCGGCGGUAUUUGGCAUCCGGGGCGCAGCGGCUUCUUCCGGAAUUUCACACGCCAGGUUCCAGGGAAGCGGAAGUGCACCUCCACAGUCGCGCCGCUCAUCGUGCGACCUGUACAGGCCGUGCCGCUCCUGCGAUCUGCAGUCGAAGUGAACAGGCGCCUUCAGCUCCCCGAUGGCGAUGUAGAGGUCAUGGAGGAGGCCAGACACGCUGUGCAAUACUGCGUUCGGCGUACUUUGCUGUCACAGUUUUUGGAUACGUGGACCCACGUGCAGUUUACCAACGAGCAAUGUUUCGAUCAGCUUUGGGCCUUCAUCGUCGAGGAGAAUGCAGAAAAGUGCUUCCAAGUGGCCACCACGCAGCUCUACGAGGGCGCCUCGCAGGGUGCUACCCCGCUUUGGAUGUACUACGCGCCGUGGCAGCGCGAACGAGCAGGCUAG